GAGAUGGAUCUGUCCUACAGAUCCACCAUCUCCAUCUAUAAGAGUAUCCUGGAGCAGUUCAACCCUGCGCUGGAGAACCUGGUGUACCUGGGCAACAACUACCUGCGUGCCUUCCAUGCACUAUCCAAAGCAGCUGAAGUGUAUUUUAAGGCAAUUGAGAAGAUUGGGGAGCAAGCACUGCAGAGUUCCACCUCACACAUGCUGGGUGAAAUUCUGAUGCAGAUGUCUGACACGCAGAGACUACUGAGCUCUGAUUUGGAAGUUGUGGCUCAGACCUUCCACGUGGACCUGCUGCAGCACAUGGAGAAGAACAGCAAAAUGGAUGUGCAGUUUAUCAGUGAGAGCCAGAAACAGUAUGAGCUGGAGUACCAGCGAAGAGCCACCAACCUGGAUAAGUGCAUGGCAGAGCUGUGGAGAAUGGAGAGGGCUCGUGACAAAAAUGCCCGGGAGAUGAAGGAGAACGUGAUGCGGCUGCGCUCGGAGAUGCAGGCGUUCGUCUCCGAGAGCCAGAGGGAGGCGGAGCUGGAGGAGAAACGCCGCUACCGCUUCCUGGCUGAAAAGCACCAGCUGCUCUACAACACUCUCCUCCAGUUCUACAGCAGGGCUCGGGGCAUGAUCCAGAGCAAGGCCCCACGGUGGAAGGAGCAGCUGGAAGCCAGCCGUAACCCCUCAAACAGCCACUCCCAGGGGCUGCUCUCAGCCUCCCACGGCCAGGGCUACCCACCAGGACGGCUCACACCCACCCACCUCGAGAUGCCCCAGAGACCCCUUGGGGACUUUGCUUCUUCUGUGACUGGGAGUAGAUCCAGCAUCUUCUCUCCAGACUCUCCAGAAAUGAGAAUGUCUCCUCAGCCAGAGUCUCCCAGGCGGCCCCUGCGGAGGACACCGUCAGCAGCCAGUUUGCUGCCAGCGGGCCGCACGUCCCGUUCGGGCUCCUUUGGCGAGGCCAGCGGUGACAGCGAGGGCAGGAAGAGGAGUGGUGGCACCACGAGGGUCCAGGCCAUCGUGCCCCACACGACAGGGGCCAACCGGACCCUGCUGCGGUUCGAGCCCGGGGAUGUCAUCACGGUGCUGAGGCCAGAGGCACAGAAUGGCUGGCUCUACGGCAAGCUGGAGGGCUCAUCCACGUGUGGCUGGUUCCCUGAAGCUUAUGUCAAGCCUUUGGAGAAUACCAGGGAGAUGGAGGAGCCAGACACCAGGUCCUUCCCGCUGCGAAGCAGUCACAGCAUGGAUGACAUCCUGGACCGUCCCAGCACUCCGUCCUCCAGCAGUUACUGGCCUGCUGCUGCCCAGCCCAGCGUGCCCACCCCACCUCCCCUCUCAGUGGGUGCCAGCAGCCACCAGAGCGGGGUGGCCACCCCAGUCACUUCUGGCUCCAAGAAAUCAGGAGUAUUUGACCAGCCCCCUGAACUCUUCCCACGAGGUACCAACCCCUUUGCCACAGUCAAGCUGCGCCCCACAGUCACCAACGACCGCUCGGCACCCAUCAUCCGGUGA